CAUUUCCCGGUUAAACACGCCUCCAUCCUCAGCAGCGAGCCAAGCAGCAGCUCUGAUAGUGCUGAGGGUUAAAGAGCAGAAAACUGGAUUUUUAAAAGAAAAACAAGCCCUGAUCUCUGAUGUGUGGAGGAAAAGCACCGAGGGACCCUUCGCUCUGUCUAAAGUUCCUCAGGUGGUCUCAGAUGGAUUGAAUUAAAUCCAUAGAAAUAUGGAGGGAAUAGGAAACCAAGGAAGACGUACAUUCACCUUCCUGCUCCUAAUGCUAAUGAGCAGUGGUGUGUUGACAAUAGAGAUGCAAUGUGAACCCUGGUUCUAUGAAAAUGAUGGAAUAUGUUGCAACAAAUGCCAUCCUGGCUUUAAACUGGUAGAAAAAUGUACUGCCAAUAAAAUGAGUAACUGCACACGUUGUGGUGAGGAUGAAUUCUCAGACCAGAUAAACUACAGCCCUACCUGCAGAAGGUGCAAAAGGUGUAAAGACUCAAAGAAUGAAUAUGAGGUUUCACCAUGUGAAAGACAUAGUAACACUAAGUGUCAAUGCAAAAAAGGCUACUAUAAACAUAACAUUGAUUCAGAAACAUACGACUGUGUCAAAUGUAAAAAAUGUGGAGCUAAUGAGGUGGAAAUACAGCCAUGUACACCUGAAUCAGACACCGUGUGUGAUUGCAAGGAGAACUUUUUCAGAGAGAAGGGCAAGUGUGAGCUCUGCACCCGUUGUACUCUGAACUGCGCACAACACUGUACAACUCCUGUGGUGACAAAAGGUCCUGCCCAUCAUCAUCCACAGUUCGUGAAUUUGAUCAUCGGAUUUGCAGCUGUGGUUGUUUUGCUGGUUUUGGGGAUUUUAAUCACCUUCAUAGUCACAAAGCGGUCAUUCCAUAAAAAGAUGCUGAGUCUGUCCUCCAAAUCAUGUGUCCCGCAAACGGAGCAAAGCAAGGAUUUCCUGGUGACUAUUACUGAGCCUUCAGUGGAAACCAGUCUGAAGGAUGCUGUUGAAACCUCUUUCGGUGAGCAGGAGUUAUCCAAGCUGCCCGACUGUGUCCCAAUGAUCCCCGACUUCAUCUACUCAGUACUGGAUCUGGUUCCCUUGCAGCAGAUGAAGCAGCUGGUCCGCUCUCUCGGUGUAACGGACACAGAGAUCGAGCAAGCAGAGAUGGACAACAGGUACUGCCGGGAGGCUCACUACCAGAUGCUGCGGGUCUGGGUCCAGAGGGCGCCGCGGACAGUCAAAGAGGGAAAGGGUGAAACUAUACACCGGCAGGUUUUGGAGGAGCUCUUAAGCAAACUGAGACAGCUUCACCUGGGCCAAGCAGCCGAGGAACUGGAGACAAAGUAUGCCAUUCAGUGAUGUAAUCUCCACCAACCUGGAUUAAAAAAAAAAAAGCUUACAGAACCAAGUAUUGUUCACAUAGAGACCCUGCAGAAGGUGGAUUAAAGUGGACACGGUGCUAAAACCAAAGCUGCAGUUUUAUUUCACCUGCAAGACUUUUCCUCGGAUCCUCCACACCGUUCACCGUGCCAGCAAAGAAUCAAACGGGACUCAAGCAAAUGGACCAAACAAUUGCAGCUUUAUCAAGAACUGUUUUUAAUGUGAAUGAUUUUAUAUUUACUGAGAUGUAGAUGAGAAGUGCAGCACAGAUUCCCUUCAUCAGUUGUGAAGAUUUAAUGUACUUACUGUAACAAAACUUUACAGUAACAAAAUGUUGAGACUGACUCCACUCAGUUACAACUAACAUGAUCCUCAUUUAUAUAAAAUUCAGGUUUUAUGCCCUGAUCAUCCAGAAUCUGGCUGCAAGUUCAAGAUAAUUUAUUUCUGAGCAUUUUAUGCAGCCAAGAAAAGUUGAACCAACAGAGGUUCAAGUAAACGAAAAAGUAAAAUAUCUGACUUUAAAUGAAUCAGAAAAAACAAAUUUGUGGUUUUCUUGGCUUGCGGUAAGAUUUUAUAGGUCUUGAAAACUGUGGUUAUCUUCUCAUCUAUUGACUUACUUUUGCCACUGUAGAACAAAAUCAAGAAAUAUUCAUUUCAUUCAAUAUUUCAAGCUUUUGAGACUCCUUGUGUAUUUUUUUAAUUGAAGCAGAACAAAAUCCAUUAAGUUUUGUUUCAAACUGAAAACAUAUCCAUAAUAAUUUUUUUAGUUACCUUAGAAAUCUACAAGUUUAACAGGUUUUAUUGCGUUAGUGCAGGAGAGAGUUGGCAGAGAAGACUGAUAAUCAACACUUUGGUGGUAGAGUGAUGUUAUGUCUGAGGUUUCAUUUAAAGUGACCAGGUUUUGAUUAUUUGAGGAUUUAAAUGGGAUCAAUUCUGAGUUUAUGUUAGUUUUGCACCUUUCUAACUACUUUUUGAAAUAUUGUUCCUGCGCAUGUUGUGCAGGUAGACAAUUCAGCCGACGAACCUGAAGUAGAAACAGGAAUUUGACACAAAAUAUUUAUUAACAAAGGCUUUAAAAAAAGAAAAAAAGUGUCUUUGAGUUGGUCAAUAAAACUUGUACAUUUAGAUUUUAUUUAGAGAUGCACCAGUCAGGCUUUUUUCUGGUUCACGCUCUGAUUCAGAUUCCUUUUUUCUAAAAUAUUAAGACUCAUAAAAGAGAAAAAAAUCUGCCGAAGAUGCUUUAGUUUUGAAACAAAAAAAAAAUCACAUUAUUCAAUUAUCUUUUUUAUUUAUGCUUCAAAGUUAAUGAUGCAUUUAAAGACUGAAAAGUUUUGGAGUUUUUUGUCCUGAUGCAUAUGAUGAUUAGGAAAUGUUUGAUUAGAACUGAUCAAAGAAAUAUACAGUUUUGAUCUCAAGCUAUUGAUUGGUGCAUCUCUUACUUUAUUAUAAAAACCUUUUGAUUGGUGCUUGUUCAGAAGAUAAACAACUUUUAUUUUAAACACAUUUUACAAAAAAUGGAUUCAACUAGGUCUGCACUUGUUUUAUUGUGAUUAUAUUGUUGGUCUCUUAUGCAAGAGUUCCACAGUAGAGAAGUUUUAUAUCUCUGAAAUAUAUAAAGCAUUUUUUCUUUACAAAGCUUUAUUAUUUUUGUUAUUAAGAGUUUAAUAGAUUGUAAUUGCUGUGUCAUUUUACUGAGGUCUGCUAAGCUAAAUAUUUUAUAAGUAGUUAAUCUUUUCACUGUAGUAAAUGAACUUAGACAUGCAGAUAAAAUGUGGUCUGGUCAGAUCAAAACUUGUCAUAUUUUCAUAGCAGUUCCCUGUUGUGCAGGACUAGAAAAAAAUGAAAAAGCCAGAUCUGCUUUGUUGGAAACAAUGAAGCCAGGGAAGUGUUUUGUUCCUCCUAAGCGUAGAACAACACUGCUGUGUAUUGCAGGCUUUUCACCACCUCAGUAGCAUUCUUCUAAGCCCCAAUCAUGCGAGCAUUAUCCGUGGCACGCCUUGUCUCAAGUUUGUUUCAGUUUUUAUAUUCAUCCUUGGAGAAGAGCUUGGGAUGGAAGAAGUGUAACUCUAAAAGCACUUUUAUGUUGCUUGAUUCUGUAUAAUAUGUUAGGGUUUUGAAUAAAGGUGUUGUGAAUUUUU